ACUAAUUUUGUUCGAAUUUUCUCUGUAAUGCCGAGUGAUGGAAAAGUUGGGAGUUCAUCGAGAUGCUACUCAGCCUAUGUCAGUGCGUGAGUUUUUAGAGUCUUGGGAUGUGUCCGCUGUACCAGGUAUAGUGAAAACCUCCACAGAUGACGAGGAAGCAAUGUUAAAGACCCUGUCCUCCGAGAUGAACAUUCCAAUGGAAACUUUAAUAGAGUUAAACGGUGUCUGUGGGGAAUCAACUUUGAAAAGCAAGGAUGAACCCAAACAAUCAGAGUUAUUAGGAAAUAUACCUCCUGAUGCCAAUCUAAUGACUCUGAGGGCACAUCAGGAGGAACUACAUCAUCGUCAGCAGAGCUUUAACUACAGGACCCUCAUUAAGCGAGCCAUGAGAAUGCAGAAGUGUGAUUUCUUAAUGAAUUUUUCACCGACAGAUGUAAACACGAACAAAGAAAAGUGUCCUGAGGAGUAUCGUGUCCAGCAUCCAGAUGUGAUAAUAACGGUCCAUGUACACCAGCCUAACAACACGAAUCAAGGCUUCAACAUGAAGUUGUCCCUUGAUCAGACCAUUCUAGUGCUGGGGUGUGAGAAGCUGACAGACCUUAGAGACAAAAUCACCUGUGUUAAUGAUUUAGCUCUGGCAGGAGACCUUAGUGAAAACCCAGACUUCACUCCAGAACACUAUGCUAAGGAUCUCUACAAAUCUGGGUUUUUCUACAUUGAAGGUUGUUUUUACAAUGAUUUUCGUGACAGUGGUGCAAUUGACUACAGCCAAGUGAUUCGUGACUGGGCCAAGGACCCAACCAGGGAAAUAGGACCCAUGCAGACAGCUUCCAUGGAAGACACAUCAUUCCUGGACCUGACCCUGAGACUGGGACAACCCUACGUUUACAUGCACCAGGGGGACUGUGAACACCUCAUUGUCUUCUCUGAUAUCAGGAUAUUAAGUCCUCAGGAUACACAAGAUAUCAGAGAAUAUCCUCUAGUAACACACAAACGUCUAAAGAACCAGACCAAGUGCAGGGUCUGCCAAAUGCAUGCUUCAAGGUGGAUGGCAUACAACAGUGAGCAUGCUCCUGAGGAUCCCAGCUUUUUCUGUGAACAGUGUUUCCGAGCUCUACACUACGACCAACAUGGAAACAAGAUAGGCAAUUUCCAGGCAUUUAGAUUCUUUGACAGUAAUUCAGUUAUAUAGUGCCUCAAGGGAACAACAAGGCAUUCAGAUACUCUGACAAUAUUUUAAAGUCCUUGCAGUGCCUGCCUCAAAGAAACCUCCAGGCAUUCGGAUUCUUGACAGUGCUUCAGUGCCUAUAUAUAGCUACCUCAAAGAAAACUCCACAUACGAGACAGCACUUCACAAUUCAGUGAUAUGGAAACUCCCUCAAAAGAACAACAAGAUAUUUUGACAGUUAAUCAGCUAUAUAAUUCUUGUCUUAAAAGCUGCCAAGUAUUCAGAUAAUUUGGCAUAAAAGUAGUAAAGUGGCUCAUGUACAUUGAGAAGGGAAUUCAUAUAUUAUAACCAAGAAUUAAGAGCUGCACAGGUCCUGAUCAGUUUUGAAUUGCUAGCCAUCAUUAACACAGUAAUGUACUGAAAUGACAAGAUUUGACACUCAUCUAACUUUAAUACCACAAAGUGUUCUUAAAACAUAAAACAUAACAGCUAUGCAGUUCUAUGUGAAGAAAUUAAAAUUAUAAAAAUAUA